AUGAACUUCUGGAACACCUUCGGAAUGAAGGCUGUCUGUUAUUCUCUGGAGAUUGCGAGCAUUCAGAUGGAUCUUGGCAGUAGCAUUGAGCCAGAAAGAGCUGAGGAAGAGGAGCCGAUGAAGGAGAUAACACCGGCUCAGAAGAAAGCGUUGGAUCGAGUAUUUGCCAAGUUUCCCACAGCAAAGGACGGGAAGCUUGGACGAACCAGUUUGUACGUGCACCGCAUAGAUGUUGGAGAAGGGAAACCCAAGAAGCAGCUGCGUCACUACCCGAUAUCGAAGUAUGUUCUGGACGAAGUCAACAAGGUGAUAGAUCGAAUGUUGGCCUUGGAUGUGAUAGAGGAAGCGAUGUUCUCUCCGUGGAACAACCCACUCGUAGCGGUCAAGAAGAAAAACGGGGACUUCAGAGUAUGCCUGGAUGCACGGCACCUAAACUCCAUCAUGACCAACUAA